CGUCUGACGCCUCAUGGAGCGCAACAGUCGGAGAUUCGCAGCUUCUGCGCCUCGCUUGCUGCGGGCGCUGGCGCUGUGGUGGCUGGCGGCGGCCGCGCUGGUGCCUCCGGCGGCCGGAAGCGGCGGGAUCGACUGCCGGCGCACGCCCGACGGCAGCACCACGCCGCGCACCCAGCUCGUCGACGACCGCUUCAAGAUCACCGUCAGCGGCAACCCCGACAGCUACGUGCCCGGCGAGAGAUACCUAGUGAAGCUGCAGGCGUCGCGGCAGCUGCGGCCCCCGUCGCGCUUCACGGGCUUCAUGCUGACGGCGGAGGCGGGCGGCGAGGCGUCGCUGGCGGGCGGCGACGAGCAGCCGCCGGCCGAGCCUCCGCGCUACCGCCACCACGGCCGCGGGCCGCACGGCGCCGGCGCCUUCUCGCUGUACGGCGACGCGCUCACGCGCUUCAGCGACCGCUGCCCCAACACCGUCACGCAGACCUCCACCUCGCCCAAGGCCGAGGUGCAGGUCCUGUGGACGGCGCCUCCGGCCGGCAGCGGCUGCGUCGUCUUCAGGGCUACGGUGAUAGAGCGGCCUGAUGUGUGGUACAUGGACGAUGGUCCCCUGAGCUACACAUUUUGUGAAGAAGUCCACAACUCCUUCGACGAGCAGCCGCCAGUGCAGAAGGAGUGCUGUGCGUGUCAGGAAGCAAAGUACGAGCUGACUUUUGAAGGACUGUGGUCGCGGCACACCCACCCCAAGGGCUUCCCGGACGACAGCUUCUUAGCUAAGUUCAGCGACGUGAUUGGAGCGUCGCACACAUCCGACUACUACUUCUGGUCCUACGGAGCGAGGGCUUCCCCAGGUCUCAAGCAAGUGGCUGAACGUGGCUCUACCCGCGAACUGGAGCGCGAACUCAAGGCCCAGAGUCAAGAAAUACGCACUAUAAUUAAAGCACGUGGCAUAAGUUUUCCGAAUGUGACGGGGAAGACGUUUGCAGUUUUCCGUGUUGACCGGAAACAUCACCUGGUCUCAAUUGUUUCUAUGAUAGAUCCGUCACCUGACUGGAUUGUCGGAGUCGCCGGCCUGGAACUCUGUCUGCAAGACUGCACCUGGGUGGAGUACCUGGAACUGAACCUCUACCCGUGGGACAUAGGGACAGACAGUGGAAUCACAUAUACUUCUCCUAAUAUGCCAACAGUCCCCCAAGACGUAAUUCGACGCAUCACGUCCAGCUUUCCGAACAACGAGUCAUCUCCCUUCUUUGAUAAAACUGGUGCUCCAAUGAAGCCACUCGCUCGUCUCUACCUCACGAGGCAACGGCUAUACGAAAAAAGCUGCACCGAUUAUCCGACGCGAGAUUCUGGCGAAAUGCCGGAAAAUCUUCAGGAAGAAUGCAUGACGACACCGUGGUCGGACUGGGGCCCGUGUUCGGUGACCUGCGGGAGUGGACACAUGCUGCGGCAGCGGUCUUUCGUCGAUAUCCAGAGGUCCGACGCCAGUGGCUGCAAACAGAAGCUCACGUCCAGGAAGGCGUGCACAGCGGCGCAUCGCAGCUGCAAGUCCCAGCCCCAGGAGUGGGAGUGCGAACUCUCUGAGUGGUCUGAAUGGUCGGCCUGUAGCAACAAGUGCGGACCGGGCGCGCAGAUGAGGACCCGCCAAUACAAACACUCGCACUACCAGAAGAAGUGCAAAGUGCAGAGAAACGCCCCCAAGCUGCAACAGACCAUCACAUGCUUCGGCAAGGAAUCUGACGACUGCAGCACGACUUCUGAAGAGGAGGAAGAGUUUCUAAAUAACCCUUCUGAAGACGAAGAUCCCAACUGCAGAACAACGCAGUGGUCCGAGUGGAGCCAGUGCAGCGCCACGUGCGGCAACGGCACCAGGACGCGCACCAGGCUGCUGUCCUCCCGGGACGAGGACACGCGCCUCAUGGUGGCCGUCCUGUCCGACAACCCCGUGGACACCACGCGGGACUGCUCGCACGUGCCCCUCGAGCAGGAAGUCGAGUGCCAGGGCGACAUUCCGAGCUGCGUUAUAUCAGCCAAGGAAGCAAAAGAAAUCUGCCAGCGUCCAAAAAGAUCAGGCUCUUGUCGAGGAACGUAUAUUCGCUGGUUUUUUGAUGGAGAAGAAUGUACAGAAUUCAGAUAUGGUGGCUGCCGAGGAAAUAGGAAUAAUUUUGAAACCAAAGAAGAAUGUGAAGAAGUAUGUAUGUCUAACAUGGAGGACCUGAAGACUAACAUCUCAGCUCGAUUGCAGCAGUAUGGCGUAUCCUUGUCAGGAAUUCUUUCUUACAACAUAGCACUUGAAGACUCUACUAGCAGUGCUGACAAGAGCAAGCUGAUGAAUGUAAACUGUGGUUCAGAUGAGAAUGAGGCAACGGAGAACUCUCUGCGAGGUAUUGAAGCAGGAAAUUUUAUAGUUGACUCAUCUCCAAUAUAUGGACUGACUUCUUUCCCAAGUGUCAGCGAUAGCAUAAACAGUUUAUCAACUGACAAACUUUCAGAGGAACCUGUGAAUUGUCUAAUGAGUGAAUGGUCAGAGUGGUCACCUUGCAGUGUAACCUGUGGCAGAGGUUACAAGACAAGGGAAAGGCAUGUUCUGUUACAUCCAACUCAUGGAGGUAAGAGAUGUCCAAGUAAACGCACGAGAACAAAACCAUGUCGAAAAGGACGUUGUGACCCAACAGAAGUUGAUGACAAUCCAACAUGGGGAGAACCUUAUGCUAUAGUGACAGUUUUAGAUCAUGACUGUCAGCUAGCAGAGUGGAGUGCAUGGUCUCACUGCUCAGCAACAUGUGGACAUGCAUACCGACAGCGCACCAGAAGUAUUAUCCAGCCUCGGAAACCUGGAGGAGCACCUUGUGGAGCACGACUACAAAAGGAGAAAUGUGAGCUUCCAAUAUGCAAAGAUUGAAGUAUGGUAGGACUGAGUGGUUAUACAGUAACGUGAUUUUUAAAUCAAAGUAUCAUAAGCAGAAGAAAAAAAACAUGAAAG